AUGGUUAAACAGACCGGUCCUACACCACCCAUUCCACAUAUUGAAUCCACUCGUAGAGUGCGUGUAUCUGCACAUGUUCAGCAGCCACUGAAACAAACUUAUUCAAAAUUAGUGAAGAAGGCAAGGAGCAAGAGACGACACACUAGUAAAAGUACCUCCCACACCGCUGCCAUAAAAUCACUUUCAAGAGAUUUGUUAGUAGAGGUGGUUGCAACUGUGGCCUCACAUUCCUUCAUUGACCUUCACAACAUCAAAAUGUGUUCCAAAGAUUUUCUUGACGCUACUGAAGAUAGCUCUGUCUGGCGAAGAGUUUCGUUAGAGACGUUCCCGUUAAUCCAGUGGCGACCCAAUGAUAAAGUAUUAUCAUUCUUGAAUCGCUGCAAGGAAUGUGGAAACAUUGAGAGCUUGUAUAGAGAAGGAAUGCAAAAGUAUUUUUAUGAUUUAAAUGGAAAGAUUGAUGGUCUUGGUAUCUUGAAGGCAGCAGCUCAAAAGGGCCACAAGGAAGCAAAAUAUGUGUAUGGUAUGAUUUUAUUGUGCUAUGAAGAUGGUGAGUUGAGGAAACAAGGACUUGAAUAUAUGCGUUUUUUGAGGAAGUCCAAGUGUGUUAUAGCCUCCAGAAAGAAAGUAGAACAAUUAUUGAACUCUGUGUGGAAAAAUAAUGGAAUGCUGGAGCGUAAUCAGAGUUCCUUUUGUAAUUCCAAGAGCACAUGCAAAGGGUGGAGAUUGAGAGUUGCUGCUACCUGGGCGUUGAAUGCUGAUGAUCUUGGUGCAACUUUUGCGGAAGCGAUGGCAAUUGAUUUGUUCAUAAUGCUUAUUGGAGCUACUGUUCGAAGGAUACGUGACCUUGCUGUUAGUUUUGGUGUCAUUUAA